AUGUCUUCUCGAUUUGGGCCGCGAGCACUCGGCACCGAUGGUACUGAUUUUAGGCAUCGACAGCGAAUUGCUUUUCAUUAUCAAUUUAGUGCACAGUAUAAAACAUAUUUAAAGAUAAUCUUUUUUUUCCAUUUCCUUGUGCUUAUUGUCAUGUGGUUAAAAGUUGGAGGUGAAAUAUUGGUUCACGACUUAUCUCUGCAAUGGUCGUAUUAUUCUUCUUUGGAUUUGCCGAGUGCAUAUCCUUGGGAAUAUGUUUGGUCAUUGUCAUUCAUUUCGAUUAUCUUAGGUUUGGCGUCUUUUCGGCGUAAUAAGAUUAAUUUGCUUCGGAUGAGUUAUUAUAGCGAAUUCGUCUUUGGAAUCUUACCUUGUGCUGUCGGACUCGGCAGUUUAUUACCUGAAUUAAUCGACUACUUAAGUGAUAUGGAAAAUAGCCAAACACCAACUUUCAAAGGGAGUUUUCCAAUGGUUAUUAUUUGGUAUAUAUUUUUUAUUGUUGUUCUGCAAAUUCAUAUUUUUUCGAUGUAUUUUUCAUACCAUUUAUUAGCCGCUUGGCAGCCACAAGUCAAAAAAGAUUAG